GCCAGUCCCUCCGCGCGCCGCGCUCCCCGGAAUCGACCCUUCUCCCGCCAUUUGCCACCGGGCUCUCGCCGAGCCCGCCCUCCCAGGGCUCAGAGGCCUGCGGCCGCCGGGACCGAACGGGCGGCAUGGCUGCAGGCGUGGACUGCGGAGAAGGGGCUCGCGCCCGGCAGCACGUGUUCCUAGUCCCAGAUACUGCAUGUUUUUACAAAUUGACAGAUUGUGGCAACUCUGCAUUGGAGUAUUUAAAAGAUGCUUCAAAGAAGAUGAAAAGUGGGCUUAUGUUUGUAAAACUGGUUAACCCAUGUUCAGGGGAAGGAGCCAUUUACUUGUUCAAUAUGUGUCUACCGCAGCUGUUUGAAAUAAAAGUUUUCAAGGAAAAAAACCAUUCUUGGUUUAUAAAUGAAUCAGUUCAAUCAGGAGGUCUUCUUCACUUUGCCACACCCAUGGACCCUCUGUUUCUGCUUCUCCACUACCUUAUAAAGGCUGAUAGAGAGGGAAAGUUUCAGCCCCUGGAUCAAGUUGUGAUGGAUGACGUGUUUCCGAAUUGCAUCUUGCUGCUGAAACUUCCUGAGCUUGAGAAGUUACUUGGACAUGUGACAGAGGAGAAAGAAAUAGACAAGAAGAAAUAUUACAAGUACAGCAAAGAGAAGACAUUAAAAUGGCUGGAAAAAAAGGUUAAUCAGACUAUGGCAGCAUUAAAAACCAAUAAUGUAAAUGUCGGUGCCCGGGUACAGUCUACUGCAUUUUUCUCUGGUGACCCAGUUUCCAGUGACAAGGAAGAGGAUUAUAUUCGUUAUGCCCAUGGUCUGAUAUCUGAUUACAUCCCUAAAGAAUUAAGUGAUGACUUAUCUAAAUAUUUAAAGCUUCCAGAACCUCCAGCUUCAGUGCCAAACCCUCCAUCAAAGAAAGUAAAGUUAUCAGAUGAGCCCGUAGAAGCAAAAGAAGAUUACACUAAGUUUAACACUAAAGAUUUGAAGACUGUAAAGAAAAAUAGCAAAAUGACUGCAGCUCAGAAGGCUUUGGCUAAAGUUGACAAGAGUGGAAUGAAAAGUAUUGAUUCCUUUUUUGGUGCAAAACAUGUUAAAAAAAUUGGAAAGAUUUGAAACUUUAAAAAUUAAAUCGAGCAAAAAUAUUUGCCUUCUACAUGUCCCAUUUUCAUCUUUCCUCCAUUCCACUGUACUUCCUAACCCUUAAUUACCACCUUUUGAAAAAAAGUAGGAAGGGGGCAAUUUUCAGAUUCACUUGAACAUUUCUUUGUGUUUGAUUUUUGUGUUUCCUGAACAAAAUAUGGGAAAGUAAUUGUGUAACUUCAUGGCUUGUGGCCUUUGGAGUUUUGUUUGACAUCAUGAAAAGUAAUCAAGUGAAUAGAAUUAACCUCUAGCAUCACAAUUUCCUCAAUAAACUGAUAUGUGACAAUA